GUAUUUGGAGCGAAGAGCAACGCGAGGUGGCAAAUAAAUAAUUCACAGUCACACCUGUAAUCGAUUUGCAGUAAACCAAUGUUAGGUUUUCAACGACAAGCAACAUGGGUUGUAGUUUAAUAGUGACUCGUUGAUUUCUAUCGUAUUUACGAUAUCCUUGCGCCACUUACAGUCAUUUAUAAAAUCAUACUUGAUGUACAUACAUACAUGGUACUUUUCACUGAAAUCGUCAACUACAACAGAAUAAAGAACUGAUUUGUCCUGCUAUAAAAUUUUGCGAGUAACUAAGGCGUCGAAAUAUUAGUAAAGAAUGGCCUGAGCUUCUGAUAAUUUUGCAGAAUAAUGGUGCUUGCAACGCAUGGAACGCAGUCGUUCGGGCCCUGGUUUCGUUCGUUCAAAAAUUCGAAGUUACUUCCGUUAGUAUCCGGAUUUCACGUUGCAGGCAUGGAGAAACCGGACUCUUCAAUGGGCGGCGGAAGCGUCAUCGAACUCGAAGAUCGCGAUCCAAAUAAUUUGAAUCAACAUCUUCAGGUAAUGUGGGACGAUGUGAUCGGGGAGCCAGAUGGUAUCAGGAGUCCAGAGUGCGCUUGGAGAUUGAGUAGCCACUGCUUCCGGCUUUCGAGGGGUUGCUGUUACGUAUUCCUUUCGGUUCUCGUAGCGCCGCUGGCAGCCCUUUGCCUAGGCUGUACCUUCGCGUGUCUGGCCUUUGAGCACAUUUGGUGCAUUGCUCCUUGCCUUCGAGUUUGGAAAAUCACCUGCGCAGCAACGAGGAACUUCUGCACGGCCACUGUUCAGGCUGUUGUUCGUCCUUGCACCGAAUCUGUCGGUUAUCUAUUUCACAACGUUCGAAUUAUGAAUCAGAGGUUGCCAGAUGGACCGGAUAGAAAGGACGAUAUACUUAUUAUUUAAAACGAAAUCGAAACAGUAAGAAAAAAAUACGGAUAAGACAAAU